UCCAAUCUCACUAUCUCCCACAAGGCCCAAUGGUGUGAACCUCAGCACAGCACAGAGAAAUCAUCAUCAUGACAGAUGGCUACCUGUGGUUUGAAGGGUUACCUUUCCCCCGUGUUGGUUGGAGCUGUGAUGGCCUAAAAGAAGCAUGUACUAAAUUUGUGAUAAAGGACGAAGACACAGUAAUGGUGUCAUACCCUAAGUCAGGAUCCCACUGGGUGAUUGAAAUUCUCUGUCUGAUUCACUCCAAAGGGGAUACCAAGUGGAUUCAAUCUGUGCCCAUCUGGGAACGCGCACCCUGGUUAGAGACAGAUGUAGGCUAUAAAAUGUUAAAUGAGAGAGAGGGCCCACGGCUCCUGGCCUCUCACCUCCCCUUCCAUCUCAUCCCCAAGACUUUAUUCACUUCCAAGGCCAAGGUGAUAUAUGUUAUGAGAAGUCCCAAAGAUGUUCUUGUGUCAGGUUAUUAUCAUCGGUCUGUGACAAAACUGAGUAAGAACCCAGAGUCACUGGAACAAUAUUUUCAAUGGUUCUUGGAAGGAAACGUGGCCUAUGGAUCAUGGUUCGAGCACAUUCGUGGCUGGAUGUCCAUGAGAGACAGGGAGAAUGUCCUGCUGCUGAGUUAUGAAGAGCUGCAGAAGGACCCAAGAAGCAUCAUAGAGAAGAUCUGUCAGUUCCUGGGAAAGAAGUUGAAUCCAGAAGAACUGGACUCAGUCCUCAAGAACAGCUCCUUCCAAGUCAUGAAUCAAAACAAGAUGUCCAACUUUGAAAUACUGUCUGAAACUUUCACUACUAAGAAUUUCAAAAUUACUAGAAAAGGCAUCUCUGGGGACUGGAAGAAUCACUUCACAGUGGCCCAAGCUGAAGCCUUUGAUAAAGUUUACCAGGAGAAGAUGGUGGGUUUCCCCAAAGAGCUGUUCCCAUGGGAGUAAUGUCCUCCCCAAAUUCCAGAUUUUAUAUGGAUACUGACAUUGGUUUCCUGUCCUGGGACAUGUAUACAUCUUGAUGGUUCUUAAGAUAAAACACAUUUCUAAAAGGAAGGGGGAAGGAAGGUUAGGUAACAUAAAGAGCCAGUGAAAUAUAAAAUGAUAGAUGAGGAAAAGGAGUCUAGUCCUAUAGAGAAAGGACAAUGGGAGAGGGAGGGUCCUGGUGGGGAAAGUGGGAUCAUGCACUAAAAUGGAUUCCCAUGCACCAAGGAGUUUUUCCAAAUGAACCCAACAUAUGUAUACGUACAAAGCUGUGACAAAAAUUUAAAAAUGUGCUUCUUCAUUCUGGAGUCUUGAAUCAUAUAUUCUUCUUUCUCUGAUCACUUGCUUGUAAAAAUUACUGGGACUUCAAUAUUCACUUCAUCACAUCCUAGCCCUUAAAAUGGUCUUUGUAGUAUUUCAAACACACAGAUGCUUACAAACAUAAUAUGAAUAUUACCCACCAUGGUGUCUACUUUUAAAUGAAGAAAUACAAUACAGGAGUAGUUAAGGUUCCUUUUCUGUUACGUGUAUCACCAGCAUUUAUGAUGAUGAUGAUGUAGAGGAGUAUAAUUUCCAACCUACAUUUGUUUUAAUUCCUGGUGUGUGUUACAGCAUCAAUCAAAAGUGGUAUGAAUAAAACUUUUAAUACUUACAUAAAUGGUGAAUGGUGCAAUAUAUUCAUAGACUCUCAUUUCUACUCAGCAUUUAAGAGAUGGUUUUAUGUGAGCUGACAUGUAUAGAGUCGUUCCAAAUUAAAUUGAGCCUUGGGACACAGUUGAGUCACCUGUUCUGCUGUAAAUGACUCUGGGUUUGUCCCUCACCAAUUCUCCCACAUUUAAAGCAGUGUCUGGAAGCAUAAGGAAAACAAAGGUAGGAGGUGUCCUAGGAUGUACAUUUAGUAUUGAACUGUUCUGACGUUUAGUCUGACUGGUAACUGAUAGGCCUUUUAUGGGUGAUACCAAAAUUUCUCCAAUAAUCUUGUAAUUAAUGUAAUAUUUAAAUAAACUUUUUUGCCACUGCC